CAAGAGAUUCAGUGAUUGAGCUUUUGUUGUUGACUCUGUAAGCUUUCUCUAUACAUUUUCCCAGAAGAUAGCUCAAAAAUGGACAACACUGGGAGCAUAAAGCAAGAAGCAUCGUCUCUUCCUCCAGGGAUCUUCGAGAUACCGGGGGAGCCUGCGGUUGUUAUCAAUGGUGUGCCUGAUGAACCGCAAACAGAUUGUAUGAUUGCCAAAGAUGAACCAAUAUCAAAUGGCACUGUAGGAAGCGGCGAAUGGUUUGUGGGUAGAGAAGUUCGGAAGUUUUUCUUGGGUCACUACUAUUCUGGUCUGGUGACAAAGUUUGAUAAACAAUCGGGAUGGUACAGAGUUGAAUAUGAAGAUGGGGAUUCUGAAGAUCUUGACUGGUCUGAGCUAGAAGAGGUGCUUCUACCUUUGGAUGUUACUGUGCCACUGAGAGCAACGACCAUCUUCCCAAUGGCUAGCCUUCUUCUUACUCUAUUCUCAGCUCUUCUUUUCGCGGCCACCAUUACAGAAUCCGAAGCUUACUCAACCACAGUGAAGGCACCGUAUCCAGGAAAUAAACCGGAGAAGCUAACCCACCUACACUUCUACUUCCACGACAUUAUCUCCGGAAACAAACCAACCGCCGUCCCAGUUGCUAGGGGUCCUGCAACAAACUCCUCUGCAACCAGCUUCGCUUUGGUUGCAAUCGCUGACGAUCCAUUGACGAUUGGGCCUGAAAUAACCUCAGAGGAGAUCGGGAGAGCCCAAGGGAUGUAUGCAUCGGCCGACCAGAACAACUUUGGUCUGCUUAUGGCUUUUAACUUGGUUUUCACCAAGGGUGAAUUUUCCGGCAGCACCGCGUCGAUGUAUGGCCGGAAUCCGAUAUUGUCGAAGCUGAGAGAGUUUCCAAUCAUCGGAGGUACGGGAGCAUUCAGGUUCGCAAGAGGAUAUGCACAAGCCAAGACUUUUGUGUUCAAUAUUACCAGUGGAGAUGCUGUUGUCGAAGCAACAACCAUCUUCCCAAUGGCUAGCCUUCUUCUUGCUCUGUUCUCAGCUCUUCUUUUCGCGGUCACCAUUACAGAAUCCGAAGCUUACUCAACAACAGUGAAGGCACCGUAUCCAGGACAUAAACCGGAGAAGCUAACCCACCUACACUUCUACUUCCAUGACGUUGUCUCCGCAAAGAAACCAACCUCCGUCGUAGUCGCUACGAGCCCCACAACAAACUCCUCUGCAACCGCUUUCGGUAUGGUUGCAGUGGUUGACGACAUAUUGACGGUGGGGCCUGAAAUAACCUCAGAGGAAGUUGGGAGAGCCCAAGGAAUUUUUGCAGCGACCGACCAGAAUAAGUUUAGUCUGCUUAUGGCUUUCAACUUGGUUUUCACCAAGGGUGAAUUUUCGGGCAGCACCGCGUCGAUGUAUGGCCGGAAUCCGAUAAUGUCAAAGGUGAGAGAGAUGCCGAUCAUCGGAGGUACGGGAGCUUUUAGGUUUGGUAGAGGAUAUGCGCAGGCUAAGACUUUUACGUUCAAUACUACCAGUGGAAAUGCUGUGGUCGAGUAUAAUGUCUAUAUCUGGCAUUAAUUAUUAUCGACUGCCUAGUGCUUUUCCAUUUUUACGUGACAAAAGGAACGUUUUGGUUGAAUAAAAAAAGUAAAUGAAAGGUUAGUGGAAUAAAUGGUUUUAGCUGUU